GGGUGGCAGCAAAGCCCGAUCAAGUAGCCGCAACAAUGGAAGCCAAGGGCGAGGACGAUCGCACGCACAAAGCUUUGUCAAAAGAUCGACCUGAUCAAGACGACAUUAACACGGACGAGUCGGGAGCCCCCACCCCCGAGGUUGUAGCUUUACGCGACGGAUACAUCCAGACGUACAUCGUCCGGUCCAGCAAGAACAAUCUCCAUGAAGUCCUCUUCCGCUGUGGUAAUUGGUGCUACAGUGGUAAAGUCGACUUGGGCAGUGCCGACCUUGAACUUGCCGAUCUUCCAGUUGUUGUUCCUGCGCUGCAAAAGCAACAAGCUUCGCUGCAGUAUCUUUGCGAGUGGAAAGCUAUUCCCUCUGCAUCACCAUACUCGACUCCUCUCGAGACUCUGUAUGAUGUCUACGACUUUCUUGGUGCCGAGCUAUCAAGCGAACGUAUUGAACGUAAAUUGAUGAAGGCAGCUGAAGAUCAUUCUUGGGUGGACAGUGAUGAUGACGGUGGCUCAAAUACCUUCUUCGAGUUGCAGAGCGGUGGUUACGAGUGCUUCGAUGCGGUCGACAUCGUGGCCAGCAAGACCUUUGUUCGUGGUCUUGUCCUUCUGGUCAUUUACUACCAACGCAGUUUCUACGUCGUGUUGCAGCCAGCUGACGGCGAGCAGCCCCUGCUCGAUGUUCGCUUCCCAGAUCUCUCUGCUCACCUACAGGGUAUCAACCUUCAGACUUACCGAGACGAUGAUUGUAGUAACAUGAAGAAACUCACUUUAUGGCAGGCAGCAACUGUUGGCAAACACCAAAGCCCACCGAAGCCGUUGAAGGUGCAGUGUACCGACGUUAGCGGCACAGGCUACAAUCAGACCUUCCUCAUUCGACGUACGCCACGUGCUGAAGGAUCAACGAUCACACCGAGCUUGCGAGAGGUGCUCUUCCGUUUUGGAAACUGGUGCUACAAUGGACAUGUGGAUCUGGGUCCUAAGCUUGAAUUAUCAGACAUUCCUGUCAUCAUUCCCAUGCUACGACGACAGCAAAGUGCUCUGACGUUCAUGUGCGAAGCCUCCAAGAUGCCCUCAACUUCCCUGUUCACUCCAUCAAUGGAGCAUUUAGCUGAAGUUGUACCUGCCAUGCAGGAGGAAAUGUCCAAAGCCGAGAAAUUCGUUCAAAGUUUGGCUCAGAGUGGCGGAUCCUUCGUCAAGGGGAAUGUCGGAAGCUGGCUCGAAGACGACAAUGUCGAGUGUUUUUUCGAGAUCGCCAUCGACAAAUGUGCAGCAUUUCAGGAUGUCGAAGCGAUUGCAAGCAAGAUUCAUAUCGGCGGUGUGGUGCUUGUACUGCUUUACUACGACUACACUUUCUACAUCUAUCUCGAAAAUGGGGAAGAAGAACAGCCUCUACUGGACACCAAUUUUCCCGACGUCUCGCUGCAAAAAGAGGGCGUUCAGCUUAAAACUUACCGAAAGGGAGUUCGUGGGUGCGAAGAGCUACGACGUAUUAGUCUGUGGAAAGUUGAGAGUGAUUUAACGGAUGAGGAAGAAGGCGAGGACGCCGCAGCUGUUGACUGCAUCACUUCACGCACCACAGGACAUCUCCAAGCCGAUGCCAAGGAGGAGCACAGGCGCGAGGAGGGCGUCAAGUCAGAUUCCGAUUCCAAAGCAGCGAAGGAGAUGCAACAGCGCAAGUCUGCACUGCCGCACCACGUUGCCCCACUCAAGCGGCCUAGUGGAGCAACCACUACUCUCAAAGGAAUGCCCGAUCUUGGUAUGAAGGCGCCAUGGGACGAUAGUGGUAAGCCACUCGGAAUGCGAGCCAGCAAGUAG